AUGGGAAAAGGCGGAGCUCUCUCCGAAGGCGUUGUGAAGAAGAUCUUGCUCUCCUACGCCUACGUUGGGAUAUGGAUCACACUUUCCUUCUCUGUGAUUGUGUACAACAAGUACAUACUCGAUCGGAAGAUGUACAACUGGCCGUACCCGAUCUCUCUUACCAUGAUCCACAUGGGUUUUUGCUCCUCCUUGGCCUAUCUCCUAGUUAAAGUCUUCAAGGUCGUCGAGCCUGUUCAGAUGUCUCGUGAUCUGUAUCUCAAAUCCGUUGUGCCAAUUGGGUUGCUUUAUUCUCUCUCUCUAUGGCUCUCCAAUUCGGCUUAUAUAUAUUUAUCUGUGUCAUUUAUCCAAAUGCUCAAGGCUUUAAUGCCAGUGGCUGUGUAUUCUAUAGGGGUUCUUUUGAAGAAAGAGUCGUUUAAAUCGGAUACUAUGGCUAAUAUGGUUUCGAUUUCGAUUGGGGUUGCGAUUGCAGCUUAUGGGGAGGCUAAAUUUGAUAGCUGGGGAGUGAUUUUGCAACUGGGUGCUGUUGCUUUUGAGGCGACGAGGCUUGUGAUGAUUCAGAUUUUGCUUACAUCGAAGGGUAUUUCAUUGAAUCCCAUUACUUCACUUUAUUAUGUUGCGCCAUGUUGUUUGGUUUUCUUGUCUAUUCCUUGGAUUAUUGUGGAAUACCCAUUGUUGAGGGACACUUCGAGCUUUCACUUUGAUUAUUUGAUUUUCGGGACCAAUUCAUUUUGUGCUUUUGCUUUGAAUUUGGCUGUAUUCUUGCUUGUUGGGAAGACUUCUGCUUUGACUAUGAAUGUGGCUGGGGUGGUGAAAGAUUGGCUUUUGAUUGCAUUCUCUUGGUCGGUGAUUAAGGACAGGGUGACCCUGGUGAAUUUGUUUGGGUAUGGAUUGGCUUUCUUGGCUGUAGGGUACUACAACCUUUCGAAAUUGCAGGCGCUUAAGGCAAAGGAAGCACAGAAGAAGGCUGGGCAGACUGAUGAGGAGGCUGGAAGGUUGUUGGAGGAGAGACAGGGGGAAAAUGCGGGAAAGAAGGACGAAUCACAGGGUUGA